AUGACCUCUUUUUGGGAAACUUCUACCAUUCCUCUCAGCUCGAAGCUGUUGCGGUUUCGCGAAGACGGUGACUUGCUUCGAAUCUUGUCGAGGAUGACACUCGCCUCUUCUAUCAACCUCCAAACCAGCCUAAUAUUGGCUGUAAUCUUUCUUUCAACUGUUGUACUGUACCGUUUGUAUUUCCACCCGUUGGCCAAAUUACCCGGUCCGCCACUUGCUGCUAUCACUGGUCUCUACCGCACCUAUCUCUACUAUCGGGGAGAUUGGCACGACCAAGUUCUAAAAAUCCACCAGAAAUAUGGUCGAGUGGUCAGGAUCGCCCCCAACGAGGUCUCUGCGGUCGAGUUGGCCGCGAUGAAGCAACUGUAUGGUCACGGCAAAAGCGCAAAAAAGACGACAUGGUAUGAUGUGUGGCAUGUUCCCAACGCGUCCGAGGCGUUCUUUGCCGUGCAGGACCAGAAGAAACACGCCAGUCUUCGCAAACGUGUCUCAGCAGCGUACUCGAUGACGGCGAUCCUGCGGGUCGAACAGUACAUUCAAAGUUGCUUGGACCUCUGCUUCGCGAAACUCCAAACUCAGGCAGAAGAAGGAGAGGUGAUCGACCUUUCCAAAUGGGCUAACGCCUUUUCCUUCGAUGUAGUCGGCGAACUCGCUUUCGGUCAAAAGCUUGGACAUCUAGAAGCGAAUGGCGAAGAUGUUGACAAUCUACGAGAGUCCAUCCGGAUCGGCUUUAUGUUUGGUGCCGUCAUGGGCAACAUCCCUGGCAAGACGAAAUGGGUCAUGAACCCUGUUUUCAGCGCUGCCGUAGAGCUAUUCGGCGGCACCAACGGCCUGGAAAAAUUGAAAUCUUUCAGUCAUGCCAAGAUUGCUGCUCGAAAAGAAGCGAGGGACGGAGCCAAUCGUGAAGACUUGCUUUCCCACUUCCUCAAGAUGAAGAAAGUUGAUGGUCCAGAACCUGCUAGUUUUGGAGAAGUCCUCAUUGAAGCCAUGAACAUUGUCGGCGCCGGAGCAGAUACUACCUCAAUCGGGAUCCGAACUUGUCUCUACUACAUCUGUACCCACCCGCAAGUCUACAAGCAACUGCAGGAGGAGGUGGAUAGCUUCUAUGAAGCGAACAACUUGGAUUCACCAAUCACCUAUACUCAGACGCAGCAACUGACUUACCUGAGAGCCGUGGUCACCGAGGCAUUGCGUUUGCUCCCGUCUAUUGUCUGGCCGCUGCUUCGGUAUUCACCGGGCUUGACGAUCGACGGACGGUACAUUCCAGAGGGUGUCGAGAUCGGGAUCAGUCCAAUUGCCCAGAACAGAGACACUGCUGUGUUUGGUGACGACGCUAGUGAGUUCAGACCCGAGAGGUGGCUGGAAAGCGCCGAACGGACAUCAUUCAUGGAGAGCGGCAACAUGACAUUCGGAGGCAAUGGACCCAGGACCUGCAUUGGUCGCAAUCUCGCCCUGGUGGAAGUCCACAAAUUCGUGGCCCAAAUGCUUCGCAACUUUGACAUUGAGCUCGCCAACAAGAAGACGCCCUGGCGGAUCAGCAGUUAUUGGUUUUGCAACCAGCUGGACAUGAAAGUGUUGAUCAAACCUCGUGCGUGCAGUAAGAUCUGA